UAGUCUCUUAUGAGCCGUCAGUUAGUGUAGAAGUGAUUCGUGUAAUUUUCUCUGGAUUAUGUAGUCUUGUUAUAUUUGUUUUUUUUUUCUCUUUAUAUUUAUCUCUCUCUUUUUCUUUUGUUUUGUAUAUUUUCACUCGUUCUACAAGUAUUGUCAUUCUAAUGAUUAGUGCGUUUUAUGCAAAUUAAAUUAGAAGAAUUUGAUGAAUUAUUUCAUAUCGUUAAAACUUUUAGCUGGUCGUUAAGUCGGCGGGGAAAAACUUAAAAAAACCGACAAAAUGAGGAACUCGACGUUGCUGAAGUGGGCACAAAAUUCGACGAAUAAUAAAAAUCAAACGAGUAAAAAUGGAGGAACGAGUAGAAACUGGAUACACCCACCGGACGCGCUUCAAAAAGGCCACAUCGCCUACCUAGUCAAGUACUUGGGCAGUACAGAAGUGGAUCAACCUAAAGGAAUAGAACUAGUGAAGGAAGCAUUUUGCAAGUUGAAAUUUAGCCAGCAGUUAAGAAAAAGCGAAGGAACGAAGACUCCGAAAGUUGAACUCACCAUAAGCAUCGAUGGCGUGGCUAUUCAAGAGCCCAAAACUAAAACCACACCGAAGCGAAUUAUGCAUCAAUAUCCCCUGCAUAGAAUCUCUUAUUGUGCCGACGACAAAGGAGAGAAAAAAUUCUUUAGUUUCAUUGCAAAGGAAGAGGACGCAGAGAAACAUACUUGCUUCGUAUUCGUUAGCGAUAGGUUGGCCGAAGAGAUUACGUUGACGAUUGGUCAAGCUUUCGAUUUAGCUUACAGACGGUUCUUAGAAACCUCUGGCAAGGAUCUUGAAACUCAAAGACGUUGCAUGGUGUUGCAACAAAAGAUUAAAAGAUUAGAGCACGAGAACAAUGUCUAUCGACAACGGUUACAAGAUAUUGCUGCUAUCAAAGGCUCGGCGGAUGUGUCGACUUACCUUUUGCAGCACGAUCUUCCGGAUAUCCUGCAUGUACCCGGAGCACCGAGCGAAUCUCCGCAAGUUAACGGCACAACCAACAAGUCUCCUCUCAUAGGAAUAAACAACGAUAGUAACGGAAACACAUCUAAUGGACCGCAACAACCACCACCUGUUCCUCCUAGGAGCUUUGAAAAAUCCUUUGAUGACGAUUUCAUGGGAAGUGAGGCAACAUCAACACCGGUUGUUGGAACGAAAUUAGAAGGUCUUCUCAUGGACGAGUUUGAAGAGGACUUUAAUCCUCGAGCAUAUGAGACGGCAGCUAAUGGUCUUGCCAAUUUUCAAACGAACAACAAUUCUCUCCUUAAUGGUCAACUGUCGUCGAAUUCUAAUAUAUUUUCACAAUCUAAUGGUACUGCUAGUCCGCCACCACUUUUGGCGCCGCCUCCAAAGGCAAAGGAUUCGCGACGACAAAAUGGAGUAAAAGAGGAUCUUUUUGGUAGCGUGCCCUUUAAUCCUACACCGUCUAUAAAUACAAAAAAUGACUUCAAUGAUCCUUUUGAAAUGGGUGAAUUUGGUGCUACAACCGUAAACUCAAGUCCGAGUCAACAGGAGUUGGAAAAUGCCAUAGGACUUUUGGAUAAAAGAUUACUUGAAAUGAAAGAUGGUUUUAGCAGAGGUUUAUCCAUGGGCACUGAUGAUUUUUCACUGGAAAGCUUAGAUCCAUUAAGGAAUUAAUUAAAUCGAACGAUCAUUGAUUAUUCAAAUUUAGGUGGAAUCAAAGAUGAAAACGAAGAAAGAAAAAUUCUCUAUCGUGGUCUCUGUGGAGAGUCAAAAUCUGUGUGAAACCAAAAUUAGUCAAUUACUGUUACUAUACGAUACUCGUAUAUUUAUGGUGAUGUUUGAUAUUUAUAUUAUAUUAUUAUAAUUAUCUAUUGAAUAACUUCUAUUACAAACGUGCGCAGUUUCUCACGCUUGAUUGUUGCACGAUAUACUUGUUUUAUUCGUUGCUUUUGAUGAUAUGUCAGGAUCCAAUCGCGUUUAAUUGUCUAUAAUAUAUUACUAUGCGUUUAAAAACGGACAAAUCAAUGAAAGAUAGGAUCUUAAAGUAAUUAAAUUUUAAAUAAGAUUUAUAUAAAAAAAAAAAAAUUAAUCAUGUUCUAAGUAAAUUUAUAUUAUUUUAAACAGAUUCUUGUAUAAAAGAGGUAGGUCGUACAAAUAUUUUUCGAAAAGUCUUACAGAGUUUUUUCACGUUUUUAGCUAGAAUAUUAGGUAGUAGAAAAUCGUCAAUUCUACAUUAUUGAAAAAUCUUUAGAGUGUAUCAUUAUUCCUAGUUGUUAUAAUAAUAACGGCUACGACUAAGAGAAAAGAGAAACUUAAAAUAUAUAUUUUUA